AUGGCACCAUUUGGAACAAUUUAUUCUUUUAUGCCAAAUGGCAGAGUCUUCAAGAUUCUGGCCGCGGCUAAGCUCAACAACCUAGACAUCGAAGUUCCUCCUUACCAGCACUUUGUGACUAACAAGUCCAAUGAGUUUCUCACCAAAUUCCCAGCUGGCAAAGUCCCAGCCUUCGAGGGAGCUGACGGGUUCUGUCUCGCUGAGUCAGACGCGAUCGCCAGAUAUGUUUCCCAAUCCGGACCUCGUGCUGGUCAACUCCUUGGAGAGGACGCUGUGACAUCAGCAAAGAUUCAGCAGUGGAUUUCCUUCUUCGCUGAUGAGGUUUAUCCAGCUAUUCUGGACCUCGUUAUGUGGAGAGUAGGAAUGGCCCCCUUUGACCAACCUACUGAGACUAAGGCGCUGACGCGUCUGGAAUACGCGCUGACUGUGCUGGAAAAGCACUUGUCGUCUGGCAAUCGACUCGUUGGGAGCCAAUUGACACUUGCUGACUUGACUGGCGCUUCAUCCCUUCUAUGGGGGUUCAUGCAUGUUGUUGAUGAGCCCAUGAGGAAGCAAUUCCCAAAUGUUUUGACUUGGUAUUUGAGCACGAUUGAGAAUGAUGACGUCAAGGACGUUUUUGGAGAGCCUAACCUGGUUGAGAAGAGGCGUCUUGGCGGUGAAUAA